AUGCUUACUAGUAUUUCAGUCUUUGGACUACAGAAUGAAAGUGUUCAAUUCCACCAAAUCCCUACACACACCAUUACCGACCUCUUGCUAAACGAACAGCAUCAUUCGUUUUCAGUGGACACAGCCGAGUCAUCCAUUGGGCAGCUGACUAUUGAUACAUCAACGGAAGGUUUCAUUGGAAUUGGCAGCUUCAAGACUGCGAAUGCCGGAUGGCUCACACUUACAGCUCCUCCCAGGACUGGUCUUGGAUCAGUCACUUGUCAUAAAGUUGUAGUCAAAUGUCCAUUCUACAAAGUAUUUCCAACUGCUGUGGAGGCUGGACAUUAUAAGGUUGGCCAUUAUGCGCUCAUUGACGAGCUACCCAAGCUAUUCAGAGAGGCCAAUGUCUUAUACUGGUCCAAAUCUUUAUUAAAGCUCACUUACGACUUUAUCGACUGUUCCAUUGCAUCCUCACCUGAACCUCCAACAUUUGUGGUCCCAUGUGUUCGAUUUGUGGAAGCUGGCCUCGCAUUAUGCUACAGUCAGGGCGGUAGCAAGCCGGGAACAAAGACAGGGUCAACACGGGCCGCCUUUCUCCUCGAAGAGCUCAUUGAGGGUGGUGAUGACGAGUUUCUCAAAUUCAUCCACAAUAUGGAUGCCAAUCCAUUACUUGAUGAAUUGGAUUAUGGCUAUGACAUGGCAGAAUUUUUUGCCUUCAUGCAGCAUGUCCAAUAUGUCAAGACCAGCAAGCUAGCUUUCAUAUCUGAUUAUCAGGGUGCUACAGUACUACUCACAGAUCCUCAGAUCUUGACUCAUCCAUAUGUUUUCAUUCAUUCGGAAUACUCAAUACUGAUUGAUAUUUUUGGCGAGGGAAAUAUCGAGGUGGCCAUCAGCCAAUUUGAAGACCAGCAUGCCUGCAAUGAGUACUGCAAAUGGCCUGGGUUUGGGCUGGAAGCAUUUGUUACCGAAGUGAAUGACCAUGACUCGGAAGUAGGAAAUUAG